UAUUGAACCCAACGCCACGCUUUCCGCGGUUGACGUGUGUCGAGCAGCCCCAAGUCACCAAGUCAGUCCCGUGCUAGAGUUCAAACAAAUAGCAUCCCCGCUAAAGUUCUAGAGAGCGAUGAAGAGUAGUGUGGCGCAAAAAUACCUGACCGUGGCGAUCGCCCUGGCCACCGUGCUGUCCACCGAGGCGUACGUGUACAUCAACCCGGACGCCAAAAGUCCUGAUCAAGAUGGGCAGUGUUACGACAGCGAAACGCAGAUCACGUUCCCGGUCGGGGAGUCACGCCAACGUCCCGAGCGCUGCGAGUCAAUGAGCUGCGACGAUCGCUACUCUCUCAGUGUAGCUGGCUGCGGCGUUGUGAUGGCCGGACCCGGUGUCGUCGUCACCAAAACGGACUACUCGAAACCGUACCCCGACUGCUGUCCCCAGCUAGUGAUGAGCGAGGAGAACCUGGUCUAGGACCGGGCAGCCACCGCCAAAGCGAAAGCGAAAGCGAAAUAAAUCAGAAUACAAACGGUUUUGGGUCUGGA